AUGGCAGACACCAACGGCCCUCCGUCCACGUCGCCCUCGCCCUCGCCCAAUCCGGGCGGGCGCAGGCAGAGAGCGCCGACUAUCACGAUUGAUACUUCUGCUGUCAGUAACAUGGGAUCCGGCGUGCCCCAAGAAUUGGACCGCGAUGGCCUGGCUCUGAGAGCUUUGCCCAACUCGCCCUCGACCUUGCAGGGAGAAUCGCCCUCAGGAUCCGACGCCGCGGGGAAUCCGUUCAGCAGUCGCUCCUACCAUACCAGCCAUACAAGUCAAUCAAGUCAUAUAUCCGUACCGGAUCUUCGAGCGUCGACAUCUUUCGAAUUCAGUAGACCAACCUCCCCUCAUAAUGUUUCAUCACCAACUUCCAAAGGAGGCGACGGGUUCCUGUCGGUCCCCGGCCUCCGAUCAAGACAGAAUUCGCUCGAUACACAAGACGAUGGUCGCUCAAAGACAGAUUACAGUGGGGAGACAUAUACAAAUAAUUCAUCGCACGGCGAUAGGGACCGCGACCUGGGUCAUUCUUCACACGAGGAGGUCAUCGAUAAUCCCGAGGCAUUGACCCCGGACCCCAACACCGAGGAGGAUUUUGAGGUUGAAAACAACGUUUUCGCCUUUUCCCCUGGGCAGUUGAACAAACUAAUUAAUCCGAAGAGUCUGGCAGCAUUCUACGCGUUGGGAGGGUUAGCAGGACUGGAGAAAGGGCUCCGGACUGAUCGGAAAGCUGGGUUGAGUGUUGAUGAGAUGAGCUUGGAGGGGACUGUGACUUUCCAGGAAGCAGUAGCUGCGGCUAGAAAACCUGGGUCACCACCACCACCACCACCCCCCGCGCCAAAUGAUGCGGAUAGGAAAGCCCCCCGGGUGCGGACGGAGAGGAGAAGCUCCAUACAGUCGAAUGCAAGCGGCCCAGAAGUGCACCACGAGGAAUUCCGCCGGGCGUCACACGACGAGGUCUUCUCAGAUCGGAAGCGUGUGUACAAGGACAAUCGACUCCCGGCAAAGGAGGGCAAGAGCCUUCUACAGCUAAUGUGGAUUACAUACAACGACAAGGUUUUGAUUCUGCUCUCCGUGGCCGCCGCCAUCUCCUUGGCCGUUGGUUUAUACCAGACGUUCGGGACGAAGCACGACGCUGAACAUCCGAAGAUCGAAUGGGUUGAAGGAGUUGCUAUCAUUGUCGCUAUCGUUAUAGUGGUCGUCGUAGGCUCUCUGAACGACUACCAAAAAGAGCGGCAAUUUGUGAAACUCAACAAAAAGAAAGAGGACAGAGAAGUAAAUGUGGUUCGGUCAGGGAGGACGCAAGAAAUCUCGGUUUUUGAUAUCUUGGUGGGAGACGUCGUGCUCCUAGAACCCGGAGACACGAUUCCCGUGGAUGGCAUCUUUAUCGACGGACACAAUGUCAAGUGUGACGAAUCUCAGGCGACCGGGGAGUCUGAUUUAAUACGCAAGAGGCCUGCUGAUGAGGUCUAUGCUGCAAUUGAGAACCAUGAAAACCUUCGCAAGCUCGAUCCCUUUAUCCUUUCGGGCUCGCAGGUCACUGAAGGUGUUGGCACAUUUCUAGCUACCUCAACUGGGGUUAACUCCAGUUAUGGCAAGACUCUGAUGUCGCUGCGAGAAGACCCCGAGGUCACUCCUCUCCAAUCGAAGUUGAACACUUUGGCAGAGUAUAUUGCUAAACUCGGUGGAGCUGCUGGUCUCCUCCUGUUUAUCGUUCUGUUCAUCGAAUUUCUCGCCCGUCUUCCCCACAAUUCCGGUACGCCGACUGAGAAGGGACAGCAAUUCCUCCAGAUCUUCAUCGUUACGGUUACCGUUAUUGUUGUCGCUGUUCCCGAAGGCUUGCCGCUCGCCGUUACACUCGCCCUAGCCUUCGCAACGACUCGAAUGCUCAAGGAUAACAACUUGGUUCGACAUUUGAAGGCUUGUGAAGUCAUGGGGAAUGCGACGACCAUCUGCUCUGACAAGACUGGCACUUUGACCCAAAACAAGAUGAUGGUAGUUGCUGGCACGCUUGGUACCAGCUCGCGGUUCGGCGGGACUGUCGACACCUCGGACGAAGGCCCAUCAUCGCCUAAAGGCAAGCAAGCCCAACCACAAGAGACAAUCAGUGACGUACCGGCGCGGGAGCUUGUUUCUUCUUUGGGCGCUGAGGUCAAAAGUCUGCUACUACAAUCGAUCGUGAUCAACUCGACCGCAUUCGAAGGCGAAGCCGAUGGAGUGCAGACGUUCGUCGGUUCCAAGACCGAGACGGCACUCCUUACAUUUGCAAAAGACUUCUGUGCCCUGGGAUCCGUCGCGGAAGAACGUUCGAACACCACCGUCGUUCAACUCAUUCCAUUUGAUUCUAAGCGGAAAUGCAUGGGUGUUGUCGUCCAAAUGGAUAAUGGCAAGUAUAGGCUCUACGUCAAGGGAGCGUCCGAAAUUCUCCUUGAAAAGUGUACCAAGGUUAUCCGGGACCCUACGAAGGAUACUUCCAGUUCACCCAUGACGGACGAGAAUCGCCAAAUGUUCACCAGGUUGAUUGACAACUAUGCAUCUCGCUCUCUCCGGACCAUCGGCAUGGUUUACCGCGAUUUUGAAAAAUGGCCUGCCAAGGGAGCUCGAACAGUCGAAGGCGAGAAGAACGAAGUUGUAUUCGAAGAUAUCUUCCGGGAAAUGGCGCUCCUAAGCAUUGUUGGAAUUCAAGAUCCCCUUCGUGAGGACGUACCCGACGCGGUACGGACUUGCCAAAGGGCGGGUGUCGUUGUCCGAAUGGUUACCGGUGACAACUUGGUCACUGCCCGGGCUAUUGCUAAAGAGUGUGGUAUCUUUACCGAGGACGGCAUCAUCAUGGAAGGGCCAGCAUUCCGAAAAUUGAGCAAGACCAAGAUGGAUCAAAUCAUUCCCCGCCUUCAAGUCCUUGCGCGAUCCAGUCCAGAAGACAAGCGAAUCCUCGUCAAACGCCUCAAGGAGCUUGGCGAGACUGUUGCUGUCACUGGUGACGGGACUAAUGAUGCUCCAGCUCUGAAGACUGCCGAUGUCGGGUUCUCGAUGGGUAUCACUGGUACUGAAGUCGCCAAGGAAGCUUCAGCGAUUAUUCUAAUGGAUGACAACUUCAGCUCCAUUGUCAAGGCUAUGAUGUGGGGUCGAGCUGUCAAUGAUGCCGUCAAGAAAUUUCUCCAGUUCCAGGUCACCGUCAACAUUACGGCUGUUCUGCUCACCUUCGUCUCAGCCGUAUCCAGCGGCUCUGAGGAGUCUGUUUUGACAGCUGUGCAAUUACUAUGGGUUAAUCUUAUCAUGGAUACUAUGGCAGCUUUGGCACUCGCAACGGACCCUCCUACCCCAAGCAUUCUGGAUCGCAAGCCGGAUCCCAAAUCAGCCCCUUUGAUUACUGUCACGAUGUGGAAGAUGAUAUUCGGAGAAGCGAUCUACCAACUCACCAUAACACUGCUUCUCUAUUUCGGGUCCUAUUCGAUCCUUUCCUAUCAAUCCGAACGAGAGAUAGAGCAAGUACCUACACUUGUCUUCAACACGUUUGUCUGGAUGCAGAUCUUCAACCAAUGGAAUAAUCGUCGUCUCGACAACAAGUUCAAUAUACUUGAAGGGGUCACUAACAACUGGUUCUUUUUGGCUAUCAAUGCCAUCAUGGUUGGUGGUCAGGUCAUGAUCAUAUAUGUGGGAGGAAAAGCUUUCAACGUUGUCCAUCUCAAUGGUGCUCAAUGGGCGUACUCGAUCAUCCUCGGAUUUUUCUCGAUACCAAUCGGAGCUUGCCUCCGCCUUAUUCCCGACGAAUUCAUCCUCAGCUUGAUUCCUGACUUCUUGAAGGGAGGGCCAAAGGGACCCGAGCUUCUCAUUUCGGACGAGGAAGAGCAUUUCCGGUUCCCCAAGCCCCUGGCUGACGUCAAAGAGGAGCUCAGCUUCCUGAAGAAAGUCAAGGGCGGCCGACUGAACAAUCUCAAGUUUGCGAUGCAACAGACUCGUGAUACGUUCUUACCUCGCUCCAGGAGUAGUUCACACUCAAGGAAUGAUUCCAACCCACAAACACCCGUGCUUGAGCAAGAGAAUAGCUUCGGCUCACCUGUUCAGACCCUUUCUCCCGAAUCUCGCAGGCGUUCUAGAUCCGGUCGAUCACGGUCUAAUUCAGCGCUGGGUGCAACUGCAGUCAUGGCUGGUAUAAUCGCAGGUAGUGUGGCUGGUUGGUCACCAAUUGAACGAACCUCUGCCGAUAAUGAUAAUAUGGGCUUCCCCCGUUCAAGAGCAAGAUCGGAUCUCGAGACAAGGAACGGCGUCUUGAUCAAUACGGACACGACACCUAAUGAUCAGGCUGUCACCGAGAGCCCGCAAAAGCUCGGUGCGCCGGCGAGUCAGGUUGAGAAUGGUAUCCCAAACGGCUCUUCUACAGCCGCUGAAAGUUCAACCCCGUCCAAAGCUUCAAAUGGAACGCCUCAUUGA